GGUGUCUAUCUCACUAUCAAAUUGGCUUGUUUUUCACCAGUUACAUUUCAUUGAAUUACAAUAACAUAUUUAUUACAUUUAUAAAAGUCAUAAAUAACAAACAAAAUACUGAAAUCUUUCUGAAUAGUUACAAAAUUUCUUCACAUUGAAACAACAAAAAAAAUUUAUUGGAAUUAGUAGAAGAACAAAAAAGUAGUAUCAUUAUUAUCUGACGAAAAAUACCAAUGGAUUCUAAUGAAGAGGAAUAUGGUACGACGUUUUUAAAAUCCGAUAGAAACAAACCAAAUGAGAAUACAGAUUAUGAAAUGAAAACAACUAAUCAAGACAAAAAGAGGGAAACAAAUAGAAGAAAUAAAUUAUCUAAGGUUAAGAAAUGGAUAAUGAAUUUAGAUAAUUUAUUUGUUACAUUCACUGUAUUAGCUGUUAUAUUGGGUAUGACAAUUGGUUUAUUAGUUAAAAUUUAUGCAUCACCAUCACCAAGAACAAUCUAUCUUUUAUCAUUUCCUGGUGAAUUAUUAAUGAAUAUGUUGAAAAUGUUAAUUAUACCAUUGAUUGUAUCUAGUUUAAUAGCAGGACUUGCUGGUUUAGAUCCAAAAUCAAGCGGAAAAAUUGGCUCAUAUGCAUUGAUUUAUUAUGUAGUAACUACAAUGCUUGCAGUUAUACUUGGUAUUGGUCUAGUUUUAUGCAUACAUCCAGGUGAUACAUCAAUUAAAGAUGAAAUAGGCGAAGGAACAAUAGAGGAACGUAGACCUGAAACAUUGGAUUCUUUACUGGAUUUAUUAAGAAAUCUAUUCCCGGAAAAUGUAGUACAAGCAUGUUUACAGCAACAACAAAGUAGUUACGUCACAGUUGUUAAGCGUCCGAAGUAUAUUCGAUUAACUGAUGGAAACAAUGGUACAUUGAAUAUGGAAAACGAAACAAAACUAAUCAGCUAUGAAGCCAUAAAACCGAAAUAUGUGGAUAGUACUAAUGUUUUAGGAUUGGUGUCAUUCUCAAUUAUAUUUGGUAUAAUACUUGGUCAAAUGGGUGAUCGUGCUGUAACUAUGGUACAAUUUUUCUCUGUUCUUAAUGAAGUUGUCAUGAGAAUGGUACAAGUUAUUAUGUUAUAUUCACCAUUUGGUAUAUUCUUUCUAAUAUUAAGUAAAAUGUUAGAAAUUGAAAAUUUAAGUGAUACAGCAAAAGCAUUAGGUUUAUAUAUGAUAACUGUAAUUACUGGUUUGGCUAUACAUUUACUUGGUACAUUAGCAUUACUCUAUUAUUCGGUAACAAGAAAAAAUCCAUUCACAUUCUAUAAAGGUUUAUUUCAAGCUUGGAUUACAGCACUUGGAACUGCAUCCAGUGCAGCUACUCUACCAAUUACAUUUCGUUGUUUAGAACAAAAUCUAGGCAUUGAUAAACGUGUAACACGUUUUGUUCUACCUAUUGGUGCAACAAUCAAUAUGGAUGGAACUGCACUAUAUGAAGCUGUUGCAUCAAUUUUUAUUGCACAAAUUAAUGGAAAAUAUUUGACAAUUAUUGAAGUAUUUAUUGUAAGUUUAACAGCAACGUUGGCAGCAAUAGGAGCGGCGAGUGUUCCAAGCGCUGGUUUAGUUACUAUGAUGUUAGUGCUUACAUCUGUUGGAUUGCCUACAAAAGAUAUUUCUUUAAUUUUAGCGGUUGAUUGGUUACUUGAUCGAAUUCGUACUUCAAUCAAUGUAAUGGGUGAUGCAGUUGGAGCUGGUAUAGUUAAUCAUUUAUGUUAUAAAGAGUUAGCUCAAAAAGAUGCUGAAAUUGAUAAAGAAAUAGAUGAAGUUGUAGAAGAAUAUACACGUGAAUUAUCUAAUGUAACUAAUAUAACAGAUCGUGAAAAACGUAAUUCAUCUAGUAUAGGUCGUCAUAAUAAAAAACGUAUGAGUUUAGCUGCAGCAAUGCGUUUACAAGAAAAUACAUCACCACUUGGUACAGUUAUGCCAAAUCAAUCAACAAUAAAUGAACCAGAAUCACCAACAUCUAAAUCAUAUUUACCAAUGAAUAUACAUCCAAAUGAUAAAAAUGAUAAUUAAUUAAUUCAUAAUUACAUUUCUAUUAUUGAAUACCUUGAUAGUUUAAGUAUAUUACUUUAUUGAAGUUCUUUAUGAUACUAUUUCACAUUUGUUUUUUCUUUUCUUCUUUCAUUCUUUACCUUAUUUUCAUUCAAUAGAAUUAGACAUUUUAAACUGCUCAGUAACUCCCUUUUUCUUCUUUUUUUUUUCUUUUUUAAAAAAAAAAACAAAAAAAAUGAAAAAAACACACACAAAAAAGAACAAACUUACAUUUUGAACUCACGUUUAAGUUUGGAACAAACAUUAGUGUAGUAUUAUUUUAUUAAAAUAAAGAAACAAAACAAAACAAAAUUGAUCAAACUUUCAAUAAAAAAAUCGAUCAAUUGGUUACUAGAUUACAUAAUUAAUAUCAAUAAUUGUAAACUAAUAAUAAUAAUAAUAAUCAAUAUUGUAAACAAUUUCAUGAUCAGUUUUUUUCCAUAUUCACAUGAAUUUAUAUAUAUAUAUAUACAUAAUUCAUAUUCUCUAGAAAAGGGAAUAACAAUACACAAUAGUAAGAUGAAGUUACCAAGAGAGAAAGAGAGAGAGAGAGAGAGGGAAGGAGUGAGGGAGAGGGACAGAGAGAUCAGUUGUUCUACAUGUUCAUUGUUUAUUAUUUAAUAGUAAUUUUGGAUCAUAUAAUUAUUUUCUAUUCAAUAUUACAUACAAUUCAUUUUCAAGAAGAAAAACAGAAAGAAAAAGAAGAAGAAGAAAAGAGAGAAAAAGAAGGAAAAUGAAAACAAAGAGAAAUAAACCGUUUUAAUUUAUUUAGAAUGAAUGAUAUAUUGAACUAUUUAUUCAUUUUAUUUAACAAUAAUCAUUCAUUGUACGAUUGACAUUUUAUGUUGUAUCAUUGAUAAUGAUAAUUCUAUACGUAUAAAUAAUAAUAAUAAUAAUAAUAAUAAUAAUAAUAAUAAUAAUGA